AUGGCUGAAGAAAAUGGCUCCGAGAAACCAAUCCAGGUUUUCACUUCGGCCGACCGCAUUCGCCAAUUGAAUGAAAUUGACAAGGAUGUAGCCAAAUUAAUUCACUCUGCUGGCCUUGCAAUCCAAGCACUCACAAACGCGAGAUCCAAUGACCCCUCAUCAGUGGACAACUCGAUUGAUUCACAUAAAGCUCGCUUCAAGGAAGCUACAUCACAAUACUUUGCACUCCUCUCGUCAAUUGAUGUCCGACUCCGGCGUCAGGUCUACGCGCUGGAAGAAACUUCGAUCUUAGCCCCGGACUCAUCUUCUAAGACCGGCGACCUUUCUGGCUCGGCCGCAACCGCACCAGGCGCGUCCAAUCCGUUGGACGUUAGCUGGUUGAAUAGUAGGAAAGAUACUGUGGGCAAGGAGAAAGAGGCGGAGUUAUGGGCGGCUGCGAGACAAUUCGUUGACCGAAUUAAUCAGGCACACCCUGGCGAACAGACCGCGGUGAAGGGAGGAGGCCAGGAGAGCAUGGAGGUGGAUUGA